GCGCAGUGUGCAGCUGCGGUUGCUUAGGAACCACUGAACGCAGGUAAUGCAUCAGGACAGCUGCAGCCGACUAGCGGCUAACAGGCUCUGGAGCCGCGCUAAUGCAACAAACGGUGUCUGCGGGUUAUUUUAAUGUUGACGUUCAGUUAUUACGCAAAGCCUGUGUGUAUUUUAUCAAAAUUUUGUCCAUAAAUGGAAGAUAUAAUUGAAGAGUACGCUAGCUAUGCCACAUUCACCGGGAGCUAGCAUGUAAACCCGGCUAGCCUUUAGCAGACAGCACAGGCUCAUCGUGUUUAUGUACUAGCUCCACUGCACCUGAUCUAAUUAGACUUAAAUGCAGUUUAUGGGAGGAUUUUUAUGGUUAAGUUAAUGGGUCAUGUGAUAUUCUUGCAGGUCUCCUCUUUAAACCGCUGCAAAUAGUGUUUUCUUUCAAAUGCACUUUGUACUACAGCCGUUUAUUAAUGUCACUGAAUGAAUGGCUCAAAUGGACACAUCCUGCGAUAGACACACAGCUUGGUGACUUUAGGGUAGAAUUUGUAGGCCGCAGUGGGUGAAGUUGUGCUGUAGUUCAGAUUCAGUGUAUGCAGUAACUAUGGUGGGAAAGUGAAGGAGUGGGUCGGUCUGGCUGGUUGAGGUGGAGGGGGACACCACAAACCAGGCCAAGACGCUGACAAACGCCUCCCCUGCUCCACGCUACUUUGUCCCAAUGACCAACCCUUAAAUCGUUGCAACAAUUAUGGUGACUCUCAUCACUGAACAGCUCCGUAAGCAGAGUUUGGAUGAGGCCCAAAACAAGACUUUUACAGUUAAUGAUACACUUCCUGCACUCGGCUCCAGCCCGACCGUUACUUGGAGCUCCUGCGCACCUUCUCAAGAUGCAACCAAAACAUCCCACAGGACUUUGAAAGUGUCCGAACAGUUCAGACAAGCGCCAUGUGAAAAACCGUCACAGAACUCCCCACCGCCGCCCCCUUCAAAACGCCACUGCCGCUCCCUGUCUGUUCCAGAGGAUUUGUCGCGGUGUCGAGCUGCGUGGCAUCCUAGUGCUUUUAAAGUUUGGACCCCCGUUAAGCGAACCUGUCACAGUGGGGAAACCUCGACUUCAGGCUCUGGAGCUAGUUCUGUCCCUCCCUGCGGUCCUGGUUCAUCCUUCACCUCUUCUUCUCUGAACUCCUCGUCCAGUCCCACGUUCUUUAGCUUGGCCCUCUCCUCCGACUCUCCGCUCCCCUGGAGCUUUUCGUGGGACCCCUGUGACUCUCUGAAAGGAACCUGCUCUGCCUCAUUUGCGGUGCCUUCGUCUUGCUCCUCGUCACCGGCGCCGCUAAUUUCUCAUUCGUUACUACAGCGGCGCUUUUCCCUGUCUCCUGUUCAAAUCCAGAACACGUCUGUCAUUCUGCAGCCUCCUCAGCCUUUUCCAGCAUCUAGUGUUGCAUAUGGUGGUUCUGCCGUGGAGCAGCCGGCGCUGUCUCCAUCUCCCACGUCUGUGUGCAGUACGCCGCCCGCUUCACGACGCAGCCUGUACCCUGUUCUGCCACGCUGCCACUCGCAGCCUUGUGACAUGCGCAGACCUCUGCUAAAGAGGCGCCAUGACCAAGACCUCAUGCCAUCUGCCAGACCCGGGCUUGACUUUGGCAAAAUGACACAGGCAGCACAGCACAUCUCCUUCUCCCCCGUAGAGUUUCUCGGGAGAGUCAGUAUUGGGCCACUUAGUGAAAGUGAAGAAGAAGAUAAAAGAGGACAAAGUGUUGUUUUUGAAAGGGACUGUACAGAACUGGAUUUGAACCUUAUCGAGGAAAACUGAAGAUUUGACUCCGAGUUUGACCGAGAGGGUUAGAUUUCCAAAUGAUUGUCAUGGCUACUUGAUCAGUGCCUGUCUUUUACACACACCAUUUCAAAAUGUGCAUGAGACUUGAUGCACAAUGUUUUUUGGGUUUUUUAAAGAUAUUAUGUAUAUAAUUAGUAUGCAUUGUCUUAUCCUUACAUACUCACAGGUAUAUGCUAAAAUUAGCAGAUUAUGAUUUAAAUUGGUCAUUUGGUUGAAAUGACAAAAAAUGCUUUCUCUAAAGUAGCUUGUUGCCUGAUAUCUGAGUAGUGUAAUUGUACUGUUAUACCACAACAUGUGUUUCUAAUUUGAAAAGCCCAAAUGUCAAUGGACUGAUGUGUUUUAUGAACAACAAUGUAAUGAGCUCUAUCAAAAAAGUUUUACUUUUAUGUGCUUAAGAUUAAUACUUGCCAUUGAUAUGUGGUAAUGUAAGUGACCAUGCCUUAAGCUUGAAAUGCUGCGUCUGUGGUGCUCUGUUCUUUCACAGCUGGACAUUAUCUUCACUGCUGAUUCAGAUCAUUUGAACGGGUAGAAUGUGCACUAAUGGGCAAUGACAUGAUUGAACCAAUGCUGCUGCUGGAAUCCAUAAGGCACAAGAUCAUGUACUGUUCUAUAAAUGAAAGAGGAGCUGUAUGAAUGUAUAUGAACGAGGUGAACGGUGGCCUUUGAGAAAAGAUUUUCAUGGGAUGGAAAUAAUCCUGUUGCACAAUUUAUGUACAAAUAAAAGAGUAUUUUUUUUCCUAAA